CACUAUAGGAGGAGCAGUUGUGAUCUCACGAACAAUAUAACUGUAGUAUGGUCUCUCUUCUCGGACAUGAGAUUUUAUAUGCACUAGCCCUAUCGAGAGUGAAACCAUUCUGAGUCCUAGAGAAGAGAAGAUCACUACAAAGGUUUUAUAUAGCAACUUCACAAUCCGUUCAAAAGAGUUUGCGUUGGUUGUCUGACCUCAUGGCUAAUCCUGCAAGUUUCAACAUGCUCAAUCUCAUGAACAUUGAAGUUGAAUGGGACUAAUUUUAAGACAUGAAGCAGCAAAUUGAAAUGCAUCUUGGUAUGUUGGAAUUUAGCAUUGCAUUCACUCAACCUCAGCCAACUGCUUUAACUGAGACAAGCACUGCUGCAGAGAAAGAAACAUUUGCCAAAUGGGAAAGGGCUAAUCAGAUGUCUUUGCUGGUCAUGCAAAAUUUGAUGGAGGAACAUAUAAGAUGUGGCAUUCAAAAUUGUGACUUGGCAAAGCAAUAUAUUGCCAAGAUUGAAGAAAAGUAUAAGAGAUCUAAUAAGGCUGAAACUGGGGUAUAUCUUUCAGAUUUGAUCAAUGCCAAAUUUGAUGGUAAUGGGAGUGUCCGAGAGCAUUUGCUUAAACUUGUCAAUCUGUCUAACAAGCUUAAUGCAAUGGAUGUAGCUAUUGCAGAUCAAUUCCUUGUUCAUUUGGCUUUGUAUUCUCUGCCAAAUGAAUAUGAACAACUCAAAGUGAGCUAUAACACUCAGAAACAAACAUGGGAUAUCAAUGAGUUGAUCUCCAUUUGCUGCCAAGAAGAGGAGAGAAUGAAGAAGAGUAAGCAUGACACUGUGAAUCUGGUGCAAUAUGGGAAAGGAAAGGGGAAAGUUUUUGGACCAAGCAAACCUGCAGCACUCAAAAUUGGCAAAGCUGCAACUAAGUCAGGUUCUCCUUACCUUGGUUCCAAGAAACAUGCUUCCAAUUCUGUUAUACCUAUCAAGUCUGAUCUUGCCUCCACUAGCACUGGUCUUAGAUUUAAUAAAAUCAAUCUUAAAAAGUGUCAUUUAUGUGGUUCCACUGAGCAUUUGAGAAAGGAUUGCGCUGGAUUUAAAGCUUGGCUUAUUAAGAAAGGUAUUGCAGUCAUAAAUCUCUUUGUUACAACAUAGUCAAAUAUGGUUUUUAUACCUCAACACUCAUGGUGGUUUGACAUUGGUUGUUGUGUGCAUAUAACUAAUUCAACGCAAGGAUUUAAAAACCAAAAGGGCCAAUGUAAGGAGCAUUACAAUAUCUAUGUUGGAAAUGGAAACAAAGUCCUUGUUAAGUCAGUUGGUCAAGUCAUGUUAAAGCUUUUUUCUGGUUAUGUUUUAGUAUUGAACAAUGUGCUUUAUGUACCUUCUAUGAGAAGGAAUUUACUUUCUGCAACUAAGUUUGUACAAGAUGGUUUUUCAU